AUGUCCGAUGCCCGAUGGCAAGCUCGCGAUGAUUCGCGCUACCCUCAGCCCCUUUGGGCCCAAGCCUUGCCAUGCCGCGCCACGCCGCACACGGGCGAAAACAGGCCCGCGCCGCGCGGCUGCAGGCGGCCGGCGAUGCUACCCGAGGUGGGCGCGGCCCACGGCCCGGGGCGGCUGAGCCGGCGGCCGGGCACGGAGGGCGACCCGAGGCGCCCGAGGCAGAGGAAGCCGCCUUUGCAGUUCCUCGGUCCGGCGCGCCCCGCGGCGCCGGAGGCAAAGUCGGCCAGCCUCCGGUUGGGCCGCGGCGCGGGCGCGGACCUCGCAGCCACGUUCAGUGACGGCUUCGGCAUGAGGUCCGAGCCCGUUGGCGUCAGGCGGAGGUUCGAGCCCGUUGGCGUCAGGCUGGGCCGAGGCGCGGGCGCGGACAUGGCCGCCACGUUCGGCGACGGCUUCGGCACGAGGUCCGAGCUCGUCGGCCUCAGGCGAGGCGCGAGCGCGGACAUGGCCUUCACGUUCGGCCACGGCUGCGGCAUAAGGUCCGUCGCCAGCGCCCCGCAGCUCUCCUGGCGGCCGAGCCGCCGUUGCGCCAGCGGGCUGCUGCCAGCGCUCGGCGGCUCCGCCCGGCCGCCGCUCUCCUUCGAGGACAUGUACGCGAGCGCCAAGAGACGCACCGCCAAGAGGUCCGCCGACCUGCGCAAGGGCGGGCAGCUGCCUUCACCCAGCUCGCAGGUCAUGUCACCUACACCUUCACCGAUCGCCCUGCAGGACCUGCAUGGCGCCCCACACGGCGGCGGUGGCGUCGAGGGCGGGUCGGUGCAGAUUGGGCUCGUGGAUCCAGUGUUGCAGCCCUCCCUCGGUUUGGAGGCGCCGGAAGCCGCUGCCGACACAGUAGCGGAUCAAGGGCCGCACGCCGAGUGGAUAGCGAGCGUGAUGAGCCCCGAUGCGGCCCCGCCGCAGGUCGUGCAGGUCGCCUUCGAGGGAGAUGCCGCCCCGGAGCAGAAGGUCGACCACAGGAAGGUGAACACGAAGAAGCAGCCCGCCCUGGGCUCCGCUGCGGCUGCCCCGGACGCCAGCGGGGGCCCGCACGAGCCCUGCCGGUCCUCCAAGAGCCGCCAGGUCUCCAAGAAUCCGGGCGAGGCGAAGCAGGAGAGCACCGCCUCCCAGCCGGACCUCGCCUCGCAGCACAGGGGGUCUGUAGAGUCCGCCAGCCCGUCUUGCGGCGGUGCUGCCGACAUCGACGAGCUCUCGGAGCCCGGGCUGGACGUGUGGAAGGCUGCCUUCAACCGCUUCAAGGCUCCGGGCGAGCUUGAGGCGCACGUGGACCAGCUCGGCGAGUUGCUCUGCUUCCUGGGGCACGGGCUCACACUUCCGGAGCACUACAGGCCGCUGCUGAGCGAUGUCACGAACUACCACCGCUUCGACUUCGAGGAGUUCUGCAUUUUCAUGAGGAAGUACCAGAAGUGGGAGCGCCACAAGAUGCGAGAGAUCUUCCAAGAGUUCGAUACCGACGACAGCGGCGAGAUAUCGAUUCACGAGCUUCGGCCUCUGAUGGUCAGCCUGGGCCUGGUGCCGUUCACCGCCACCAUACGCGAGGCGUUGAUGGAGGUCGACGACGGAAACGCGCAACUCGGCUUCGAGGAGCUGUCCCACUUCCUGGCGGUAUACUCCGCGAAGCAGGGCUUCUCCUCCGCCGAGGCGAAAGAGCUCCGCAUGCACUUCGACCGCUUCGCCGGGCUGGACCCCAACCUCGACGGCGCCGAGGCCCUGGACCCCUCCGCGAUCAAGCCCGCAGGCUCGACGGCUUCAGGUGCGGGCGUCGGCUCUGGGACGCGAGCGGCGUCUCCGUCGAACCGCCUGCGGAGAGCCACACACAAGGCGAACGAGCCCACGGCUAUGGAGGACGUGCUGGCGCUGCCUUACGUGGAGACGGUCCUGACGCUGUGCUGCGGCCAUCAGCAGGCGCAGUUCGCGAAGGGCGUCGUGGAGAAGUUCUUGCACACCCAGGUGGGCCAGACGGCCUCGACCAACGUGGUCGACGGCCUGACGUUUGAGGAGUUCCUGAUCGUGGCCCGCAUGAUCCGCGAGUGCCAGCGCGAGCAGCUAAAGAAGGACAAUCCCGACAUGAUGGAGCGCUUGGCGGGCGCAGUUGAGGAUCAGACGAGGCACUCUACCGUGAUGUCACCGACCGUGUCCAGGGCGACCACGAUCAUGUCAGCCGUCACCUCUGAGAAGCUCGCCACUUCGGGCUUGUUCAAGGUUGCCGACGAGGAUGGCAACGGUAGUGUCUCCAUCUCUGAAUUGAAAGGUUUGCUCAAGAAACAGGGCUAUACGGCGCUCAAGCAGGUAAUCGCGGAGAUUUGUACGGAGCUCGUGGAGGAUUGGCACAUCGAUUACGAGCUCGAUUUCAACGAGUUGUUCGAUUUUCUUAUGAUCUUUCACCAGCGGGAGGGGUUCUUGAAGGCGGAGGUGGAGGCAUUCAAGCGGGUUUUCUUCGACCACGACGAGGACAACAGCGGCGAGGUCGGCACCAGCGAGCUCAGCAAGCUGCUGCGCUACCUCGGCUACCGUCACACCGCCUCGGACGUGCAGUCGUACAUCAUAGCCGCCGACCUCAACCAGAGCGGGCAGCUCGAUUGGCGCGAGUUCUUGCACCUCAUGCGCCGUUUCAAAGAGGCCGCGUGCGCGGAGGCCCAGAGGGUGUUCGAGGACCACGCAUCGUGGGUCCGCCUGGCGCCCGGCCGAGGCGUGGAGCGGGUGAUUGACCAGCGGGACCUCAGCAGCGCAUUGGAAGAGCUGGGGUACGAUCCCGCGGCGGCCGACAAGACGCUCCUGGGGGCCUUCUCGAUGCUCAGGCUGGACGACUUCAUCGGCGUCCUCGACGCCACGCGGGUGGAUUUCGUGGAGAGGGAGCGCGGGAAGGCCAGCUUCACCGAGGAUGAGCUCCUGUACUUCCACGGGAUCUUCAAUGAGCACGACAAAAGCAAGACUGGAGUCGUCGACGUCCUCGAGAUGGAGGCGAUCCUGAACAAGUUCGGCUGGGGCCCCACGGACAAGCAGGAACAGAUGUCGCUUGUCGCGAAGAUGCAGACCGCCAGGGAGCGGGCCCGCGACGCUGGGAUGCCCGGCGCGGUCGGCAGCGAGAGUGGGACGAGCUUCUGGGUCUUCGUGCAGCUGCUGCGCCUGCUGAACGACGAGCAGGACAGGAGGGAGGACGCACAGCUGCGGGCCCUCCGCGCCGAGCUGGGCUUCAGCGAGGUCGAGGUGGACCAGUUCCACCAGGUCUUCAGGCACUACGCCAAGCCCAAUCCGAAGUUCGUCAGCGGGCUCCAGAGAGGCGUGGCGCCCUACCUGCUGCCAGGCGACGGGGCCCGCAAGCUCAUCAGAUACCUGGGCGUGCCGGUGGGUGAGAGAGAGCCGGCGCUGGAGGAGAAGUUGGCCUCCCUGGACAAGAAGGGCCAGAAGGGCUUCCCCGUGCUGGAGUUUUGGCCGUUCUUGCGGCUGAUGCGGUGGCUCCUGGACACCAACUAUAAGGGUAUCAACGAUUCCGUCGCCAAGCUGGCGCGCCUCAAGGGCUUGCCAGCAGACGCGGACGUGAUCGUCGGAGCACCUCCGUAG